AUGGAAGAAAUCAAUUACUCAUUUGGUGCAAAGCCACCGGAUGUCAAGUCGCAGAGAGUUUGUUGUGGAUGUCAGACCCCCGAAUCAGCCAGCAAGCCAUUCCAGCAGCAAUGUCCCCGGUGUUCUGAGGAGGGAUUCAUUCCAGCACUCUUCUGCUCCCAAGCGUGCUACAUGCAGGCGUGGCCACGGCACAAACAAUGGCAUGCAGAUAAUGCAUCCUACAUCAAAAUGUACUCGCAACACAUGGAUAUCGCCCCCAGGAACAGAUCCCAACACGAACCUGCGGACCCCAUGGAGCAUGCACCCAAGUACUAUGGCCUCGUUGCCACCGCCAAAUCCAAAUUUCAAGCCGGCGACUUGAGUGGCUCCAAAAAGCUCCUCCGGAAAGCCAUGAAACUCGAUACCCGACGACCAGAGGCAUUUGACAAGCUCACUGUAUGCUACGAAUAUUCAGGACAGAGAAACGAAUCCAAUUUCUAUUUUAUGGAAGCAUUCAAGCGAUAUGCCUUUGUGGCCUUGGCCAAAUUUGGAAACGUUCAAGAUACCGAUCUGGCAUUCUAUGCAUGGUCAGGUGGUGUGUUUUCUCUAGCCAAAGAAUACUUUGACAAUCCAGAGUUGGACAAACCGGAUUGGUGGCAUCACGAUGGAAUGGUCCGGCGAAUUACCAAAAUGGCCAUUGGUGGACUCAACGCGGAAUCCAGUACAAUCCCAUACCAGAUUGGUAUUGUCUAUCUCUUGCAAGCAUUUGCAUUGGCGGGCAUUGUCCGUCAUUUUCAUGCUUCGUUCCAUGGUGCAGAAGUCACAAUCCCAGAAGAUCGCACUCAUGAAGAGCUGGUGGAGGCCUAUUGUUGGAAGCCAUAA